ACUCAUUUUAAUAUCUCAAAUAACUUGAUGGAAAUUAUAGGAAAGGCAGUUGAAUCAGAGACUUUCUGCAUUGAUUGUGUGGUAAUAGUACCAUGUUUUUGCACAGCCACUUUAGUCAUUUUAAAAAUAUGCAAAAUGACUACACUUUAAAUGUAGUUGGAUAAAUUGUUUGUUGUUUUUGUUACAGAAUUCUGCUUCCUAUUCCGUUAUAAUAGAAGUCACAAUGACUUCAACUGUACAUCCCAAUUAUGAUGAUAUUUUACAAGCGCUCACUAAAGACAGCCAUGUGACAGACUUACAUCCUGGAUACUGCAGGGAAGCAGCAUGUGUAAUCACAGUGAUCUUUAAUGUGAUCAUAUUCCUUCUUGGCAUCACUGGAAAUGGUGCAGUGAUCUGGAUUACUGGUUUUAAGAUGAAGAAGUCAGUGAACACCACUUGGUACCUGAGUCUGGCUUUGUCUGACUUCAUUUUCUGUGCUACUCUUCCUUUCACCAUUGACAACAUAGUUAAGAACAGCUGGAUCUUUGGGCUCUUCCUGUGCAAGUUCAACGCUUUUGUUAUGACCCUCAAUAUGUACAGCAGCAUUUUCAUCCUGGUCAUCAUAAGUGUGGAUCGCUGCAUCACCGUCAAGUUUCCCGUCUGGGCCCAGAAUCAACGCACUGUACAGAAAGCUUCUUUAGUUGUUGUGUUGGCUUGGUUUGUGUCUUCUUUGCUUAGCAUUCCAUCUGCCAAAUUCAGAGAGAUUCAAAAUGAAUCAACAGAAGAAUGCUACAGCAAAUAUGAGGAUCACCACAAAACCGUCGUGUUCAUGCGCUUUACUUUUGGGUUUUUGAUUCCAUUCCUGACCAUUUUCACCUGUUACGCCAUCCUGAUCCGUAAACUUAGAGCAAACCAAAUGUCCAAAUCCACCAAGCCCUACAAGAUCAUGGCAUUACUGAUCGCAACUUUUUUCAUCUGUUGGUUGCCAUUUCAGAUAGUUUCUGUUUUAGAGUUAGACAGAUCUGAGCACAACUCUGCCUUUUACACAGCUCAAAAAGUAUCUGCUACCCUCGCCAGUGCAAACAGCUUUCUAAACCCGUUCCUCUAUGCAUUCAUGGCCAAGGACUUAAAGAAGAAAUGCUAUUCCUUUCUUUCGAAGAUUGAGAGCGCCAUUGAUGAAGAGACCCGAAGUGCUUUCAGAGCAACUUCAAUUACCAAUUCUGUGGAUAACAGACUUUCCACUGCUGUCUGAAAUUAAAGAUAUUUCUCUUUAUUCUCUUCCAAGUGUGACCCGGCCUAUAGAAACGACAUUAUUAACAAGUAAUGCGACAGCAUUAACAAGUAAUGCAAUUGUUUAGUCUGUUGCAUGUUUGAGUUUGGAAAUUUACAAAUAGAUUUUACAAGCUAAAGAAAAAAAAAAGAAUAAA